AUGACAUUUCAUUGCAAACAGUGUCACAACUUACUUUUCAGAAAAGAAGAUAUAGUACUGAAUUCACCACUACAAUUUUCUAAAUGUGAAAAUAUAAUAUUUAAAGAAUCUUUACGUGUUGCGUUACCAGUUCUUGAAAUGAGAUGUUCUCGAUGUAAUUCAGUUAUUGGUAUUGUUCAACAAAAACCAAUGCUCUUUGUUCCUGAUAUAGAAACAAUAACAGAAGAUUUGAUUACACCUCCUAUUGAAUUAGAAAAUUUUUCAGAACAAAUAAACAAUACUCCUCUUUCUCAAGAAGAUAAUUUAAUAGCCCAUUAUAUUACAUCAGCUUUCUAUUGGGGUGCAUUGCUUCUUCCUCUUGGUUUAGCGUUCUUUGGAAAAGAAAAAUAG